AUGUACUCUGCCAGCAGAACGACGCAAUUCUGCGUGAAACAGCAGCAUCGCCACUUCUCUGUGUCGAGAAGCAGCUACUCCGUCUUGGACUAUUUCAAAUUUUUCAAAAAGAAGAACCAAGACAACACGCUUCAACCAAGAGACACCAAGGAAGUCAUAAAGGAGGUCGAGGAGAAGCAGGAUGAAAUUCCCAUAGAAGAGAAAAUAGAGAUUUUGGGCAGAAAAAACCCAAGAUACACUGACAAAGCACUCAUAAAGGAAAACCUCAAGGGCUUCCAAAUCCACCGCUGGAUACCUAGAUCGAAUGCCUUUACCAGCACGCUGACCGCAGAUAACUACAGGUCCGAAAUUGGUUCCAAACUUGAAGCCAUUUUUGAAGAACACAAGCUGUCCAAGGAACAGCCAAUAGACGACUUGUACGUCAGAUUCAACGUCUUCAAAACUAUCCAAAAGCUUUUCAUCCUUCCGAUUCCUGACUCCAAGUUUGCUGUCCUCAACUCGUUUGCAGCUAUCGAGUCAUAUUUGGUUGCUCAGCUCGAUCCUGUGUUGAAGCACUCGAAGAAAACAGAAUUCCAGCCAGAUGCCGUCGACCUUGACCCUGCUGCAUUUGAAGGAACCAACGUCUCAAUUUCAGAAUGGACGUUUGAGAGCCAGAAAGAGAAAACUUACAAGAAGUUGAUGAGAAAGGCCAACAAGCUCGAAAAGCUUUCUGUGAAAGAGUUCAACGAAAAGUCAUCUUCCCAACCUGCUUCUCAGUAA